UGAGAAGCAGUGAGCAAAGCAGAAGUGAUCAACCAUAACAUUACUUCCCAGCCCAACAGAUCCAAGUUUCAGGAAAGAAAAAGGCAUAAAUGAUCAAACAAAGGAAUUAUUUCAAAGAGGAGUCGUAAGGAAAAGUCUCUCUUGAAUGUAAAGGUACUCCAAGUUCUCACGCUGCUGUUUUGUCUUUGAAAAGAAGAUCUAAACUUUUAAAACCAGAAGGUGCUUUUCAGAGAAGAUAAACAGGGAGGGAGAGGAGUUGGAGGGGAUAAGCUAAAAUAACCAAAGCAGUGAUGAAGGACUCAAUCCAGUGUGGUUUCUAAGAGCAGUGUGGAAAUCCUGGCUGUUGAAAGCCCACAGGCAAUCGCUGAUCUGGCUUUUGACUAAACUGAUUCAUUUCUGUGAGGAAGAAGUGACCCUGAAACUUUCUGUGGCUCUGGGCUGACUGAGACAAGAGAGGGACCUGUCAGGAGGACAGGAUGGAUCCAGGAUGGAUGUGGCUGGAGAUUGGAUGUGGCUGGAUAUGGGGCUUGGUGGAGGAGUGGUACAGGCAGAGGAGGGGCUGCAGUGCAGGUGCAAAUGAGGAGGAGUGACUGAAGUGGGGUGAGGAGCAGGGCACUGAAUUCUGCUGCCUAUCCAUGAUCAGCUCCUCAGUCCUGGUGCACAUCAGACCUUGUCCCAAGCAGGAGUAACAGCACUUUUCCAUAUGUGAUGUUUAGUGAAGCACCUGGAAGGAGAGGGAGUUGUGCCAGCUCAGUUUGGACUCAAUCCUGUGGGUCCCUUCCAACUCAGAAUACUCUGGAAUUCCGUGGUCCCCCAUGACCCUGGUAUAGCAGCCUGUGAGGAGUUCCUGCAGCUCUGUAAAUCACCACCAAGGACUUCUGCCCCAGACUUGGAUCUGUGUUAGAGGCUCUUGCUGUUGACUUCAAACACACACUUUUGGGACAGCACUUGCCUCACAGUCCCCUUCUCACUGCUGCUGAACACCUGGUGAUGCCCAGCAGGGCCACUGAACAUCAAACCUCUGCUGAGUUGCACCAGACUGGCUCCCUUGGCCUUCCUGGCGUCUUCCAGCCCCUGCCCUGGUGGGAACACCGGACUGUCCUUGCUCCAGCGCAGGUGGGGGGUCCCCACUGAGCCCCCCCGUGGGGACAGAGCCACUGUGCCAUCACCCACUUCCUGCCCUGCAGUCUCUCUCUGUGGCCACCUUUGUCCUGGCAGAAGAGCCCCAGGCCACCGUUUCCAUGUGAGGAGCCAGGGCUGGAAGUCACCACAACGUGAGGGGAUUUGUGGAAGACGGAGCCUUGGAAGAGACGUGGGGCCUUCCUGAAGCCCUCAGCAGUGCCAGCCCGGUGCUAUGCGAUUCUCCCUGAAGCGCUGCCUCACCGCUGUGCUCGCAGCUUCCUUCCUCCUCCUCCUCCUCCUCCUCCUCCUCCAUGGGGGCAGCCAGCAGGAAGAGGAUCCCCUGGAGGUGGAUCUGAGGGGCUUGGCCCCCGACACAAUCCUGCAGGUGCUGCAGCCAGAAGGAGCCCAGCGCAUCCUCAGGGACACGGACGAGCUCUCCACACUCCACAAUGUCUCCUACCAUGUCCUGGCUGGCUCCCUGUCACCCCGAAAGAAAUUCCUGGCGGUGGGAUUGGCGUCAGUGCGGCGGCCGCGUGGCUUCUACCUCCCUGCCACACUGCAGUCCCUGUUCAGCCAGUCCACAGAGGAGGAGCUGCAGGAGAUGGUGGUGGUGGUGCACCUGGCCGACACAGAUCCCGGCUGGAACGCGCGUGUCGCCCUCAGCAUCGCCCAGAAGUUCGCUCGCCACAUCCUCCUGGGCCGGCUGCUGCUCAUCCACGCCCCCCACGAGCUCUACCCCACCCUGGAAGGGCUCAAGAGGAACUUCAACGACCCCGAAGAGCGGGUGAGGUUCCGCUCCAAGCAGAACGUGGACUACGCCUUCCUGCUCGCCUUCGCCGCCAACCUCUCCUCCUACUACCUGAUGAUCGAGGAUGACGUGUGGUGUGCCAGGUCCUUCCUGACGGCCAUCCGCAAGGCUCUGGCCUCCCAGGAGGGCUCCAACUGGGCCACCCUGGAGUUCUCCAAGCUGGGCUACAUUGGGAAGCUCUACCACUCCAGCGAUCUCCCUCGCCUGGCUCGUUUCCUCCUCCUCUUCUACCAGGAGAUGCCCUGUGACUGGCUGCUGGUGCACUUCCGCAACCUGCUCACCCAGAAGGACGUCAUCCGUUUCAAGCCGUCCCUCUUCCAGCACAUGGGCCUCUACUCCUCCUUCCAGGGCACCGUCAACCGGCUGGAAGAUGACGAUUUCCAGGCCGACGCCUUGGACCUUCCGGACAACCCUCCAGCAUCCUUGUACACCAGCAUGGCCGUCUUCGAGCACUACAAGCCCCUCAAGGCCUACAGCUCAGCAGAGGGGUAUUUCUGGGGGAAGGACCCAGCAGCUGGCAGCGUCUUCUUGGUCGUGUUCCAGCAGCCGGCCCAGGUCAGCCGUGUGCGGGUGCUCACGGGCUCCGAGGAGCGCCGGGGUGACUUCCUGCGCGCGGGGGUGCUGGAGCUGGGCCGGCGGCGCCGCCGAGACGGCCGGGACUGCUCCACCUACAUCCCAGUGGGAACCUUCGAGAAGGGCACCCUGGACCGGCGGGGGCUGGAGAGGAGCAUCUCUGGCCCCGUGGAAUGUGUGAGGAUCCGGGUAACCCAGGCCCAGAGCGAGUGGCUCAUCAUCCAGAGCAUCGACAUCUGGACCACAGCAGGCACCUGAGACAGCUGUCAAAGCACAGCUGGGUUUUGUUCAAAGAGGUCCUUUAUUUUUCUCAUUUCCUUUUUUUUAUAAGGAAUUAAAUUAUUGACUCCUGCUGGCAUUUGCCAAGGGAUGGGAACCACUGCUGUGGGAUGUGGAUGGGGCCAGGAGCAGGGCCCGCCAGGGUGUGCCCACCUGGGGGAUGCCCCAGUGAGAAGUGGAGGGGGUACAGGGAGGGGAAGAGGCUGGACAGCAGAAAACAUUUCCUCCCAUGGAGGAUGAUGUACAGGACGAAGCUGAUCAAUUAAUUAACAAAUCAAGUAACUAA